GAGGCUAGAAGCCAAGUCACACGAGUCGGGGCGGAUUGAGAGAGGUGGCGCAGCCAGGCGCAGCCCUAAAAGUUCUGAAUUUGGAGCACAGACAAGGCACCCUGAUCCACACAUACCAACAUCGCCCAACAGGUCUGGUGCUGUGCAAAGCUCUGGUAAGAGAGCAGUUGGUAGCGCUGUUUUUGGAGCAAUUGGGGCACCCUUGGAGAUCCUGACCGCCACCAGCGCUUACUUGCUGGUCAAUGCUGCUGGUGCUACCAAGGUGAUUCAUGCGUCUGGCGCAAAUGCAAACGGAGUGCUGAAGGUUUGGCACUCGUGUUUUGAGCCAAUGCCAAUGGAAGAGAGGAGCGCGCCAGCGGCCCCUUGCUUCUUCACUAGAGUGGACCUCAGUGAUGAACUGGGGCAGCGGUUGAUGAGGCUGCAGAAGAGGAGGGAGAACAGGAGGGAAUCCAAGGGUGAAGCAGUGUCAGAGUGGUGGGACGAAGGUGAUUUCACCGUUGGAAAUGAUGGAGUCUCCAGUCAAGCUGAAGAGGAGGAGGAGAAGGAAGAGUUCGUUCUGGCCCCUGCGGAACAGGAGCUCGCUGCGCAGAUGGCUGCGAUGGGCUUGCCUACCAAUCUGGGGGGUGGUAUGAAAAAGCAGGCCCGUACUUCGAAAACGAAAAGAAGACGCGACGCCAAAAAGAUUGCGCUCUCGACCCCGCUUGCCGCUGCCCCCUCGCCAGCCCCCUCAAAACUCGCAAACCCCCUCCAAGCGAGUGAUACAACUUCUUUCCCGGAACCUGUCGCAAGGACCAGUGACGGCUCUCCCUGGCAACCUGUCUGGGACUCUGAAUACGGGGCCUUUUACUGGUGCAACACCGAGACGCUGGAGUCUCAGUGGGAAGUUCCGGACGGUUUGGAAACGUACGCUGCUGCGCUGUACGCUUUCGAACGACAAGAGGGGUCUGACGCUGCUGUCGAACCGGUUGAAGGCGUCGAAAUCAAUGAGCGUCCGGGCUUGCAAGAUGCAAGAGGGGGGAACCUGGAAGCUCCACUAAUUGGCGGGCUGUUUGGAGUAGUAAGGGAGAGAUCAGAGGGGAAAGUGUUCAACGAAUGUUCCGUUCAUCAGCCUGGAUCAUUGAACGGUGGUUCUCGAUCGAACGAGGGGCAGGGAAGAGACGAAGCUAACGAAGUGGCCGGAAACGGCGGCAGUAAAAACCGUCACGGGACCGGACCGGGCGGGAUGAGAAGUAGAUUAGAAGAGCGUUCACCGGCAGAAGGGUUGAGUGGCAACCUCAAGUCGUUCGAGAGUAUUGCAGGAGCCACCCGGCAAGAAACAAGGCCCGCGGUUCAGAGCUUCGAGCUGAGGGGCCGGCCGAGGCCCUGUGGGACGCACAUUCGCUUUGGCGACGAAAGCGAUGCGUCGGCCAGCAUGAGUGAAAACGGGGCCAUAGAAAAUGGGAGUCUGGGGUCGAAGCCCGUGUUGCGAAGCGACGUAAAAGAAGAGGCGAUAGAUAUGAUGGAGGUGGAUGACCCGAUGGACGUUGAUUCUUACGGGGGGGUAGAAAAGCGGGGCAGGAGUUGGAUUAACCGGAGCGAGAUUGGCGGCGCGCCUGUGCGGGUGGUUGGUGAAAACGAGAAGGGGCGGGCUCUUGGGAAGGGUGGGGUGCUCGACAAUGGGAAGCAUUCGGUGCCUGCACUGGAGAGAAAGUCGGACGUCCGAGGAGAGAGUGCGGCUGACGUCAGUGAGGCCGUCCGACAAGACGUUACUGCCGCCCAGAAGGCAACCACGGCUGACCCAGAAGAAACGACGGACGUCGGGAGAAACGGGUCAAGUGUUUUCACGGACAACGCGGCUGUUUGGAAAGGAGAGUCGAACGCUUCGAUGGAGGCGGUCGCUGAGAAAAGAGCGACGGGUGCCUUUGAAGGCGGGGCAUUGCUCCGAUUGGAAACGGGCGGGGCAGUACUAGACGAAAAGAGAGCGACAGUGCUCGGGGAUAGUCUCCUGGAGGCGGCGAGAGAGCGCUUGCACAAGGGCACCGAACCGACGGCAGACUUCGCGGCAGAGUCAAACGGAACGUACGGAACGCAUGCGCAGGCGACGGUGGUUGACGGUCUGAUCCGGGAGGCGGGACCCGCGGUGAAAAUGAAUGCAACAAUUGUGGCGGAGGCAACGGCAAACACGGAAGGUACGGUAGAAGGGGAAGCAGCUUCGCAACUAGAUGCAGAGGGGUCGGACGCGCCGGCCUCUCUCACGAUUAGAAGAAACUCCUUAGACGGGCUGAAAGCAGCCCAAGUCGAGAAACUUACUUCGAGCGCAACCCCUCCCCUGACUAGCCCUGAGCCCUCAAUGGUCGAAAGGAAGGGGUCCACAUACCGGGUGACGUCACUACCGGAGCCAGAGGCGAGUGUUCUACUUAAGUCGGAAGGAGCGCGGACCACAGCUUCAGUGCUGACGUCAGCACCCGCACCGCGGGCUGACGUUGGCGCGGGGGGCGACGCUGGGGGCGCUGUGUUGGUGGCCUCGGCGAGCGGUCGGGAGAAGCCAGCUGACGUGGGGCAAAAGUACUGGUUUCAGCGGUACCGCCUCUUCUCAAAGUUCGAUCAGGGGGUUCGUCUCGACCCGGAAGGCUGGUACAGCGUCACCCCCGAAGCGAUUGCGGUCCACCACGCAAAGCGCUGCGCGCGCCGCGUCGUCAUCGACGCGUUUGCGGGCGUCGGCGGGAAUGCAAUUCAAAUGGCGACAACCGCAGACUGGGUCAUAGCUGUGGACCUGGACCCUGGUCGCCUCGCCCUGGCGGAGCACAAUGCGGGGGUGUACGGCGUUCGUGACAAGAUCGAGUUUGUUGCCGGCGACUUCUUGCGGCUCGCCCCGACAUUGCGCGCGGACGCGCUGUUUCUGUCCCCGCCCUGGGGGGGUCCUGAGUACAGCCUCGUGGAGACAUACGACCUUGACACCAUGCUGGAGCCAGUCAGCGGGGUGGAGCUGUUCAAGGCGGCCCUCCAGGUGACGAGCAACAUUGCGCUGUUUUUGCCCCGCAAUGUGGACGUCAAACAGUUACAGGAGCUCGCCUGGCUCGCCAGCCCGCCCCUCCCCUGCGAGAUUGAAAGCAACUAUUUGUGCGGCAAGCUCAAGUGCAUAACGGCCUACUAUGGCGAUCUCGUCGUCCCUCCAAGUCAGGACAGAUGACAUCCGUUUGCCAAUACACACCUGCUAGGAAAGUGACUCGACAGCGGCGAGUGGCUUCGGGUGUAAGCCUCAGCAUGACAUGUUGACGAAACCGGCUGUUCAACACGGCUUUCAUAAUGCACCCUUGUGUCCUUAUUCUAGUUUCUCUUGGAUCAGACUAAUAAAGAGAAGGAGGCCUCUCUUCAAGGGCUGUCAUGCUUUCUUGUAUGCCGUCAGGUGUGCAGAGCUCAAACAUUUGUGCAACUGUUAAUCAACAGCUGGGUCUGCAAGUUCAAUGAGAUGUUGUCGUAGCCGGGUUGCAUCGUCGCCAGAAUUAGGCUGCAGAAACGUCAUGGCUACGAGACGGUCAGUGCUUGCAGAGUGCGUAGUGUGUACGUACGUGUCAUGCA